AUGAAUGAUAUUCAAUCUAGUUUUAUUUCUUUAGAAGUUGCCUAUGAAACAACACGAACAGAAAUUUAUUCACAACAAGCAACGAUUACUGUAGUUGAUGUUAUUUCGAAUAUUGGCGGAAAUACAGGACUCUGGAUUCGGAUUAAUUUUCUUUCAUUAAUGGAAAUUGUUGAAAUGAUCUAUCGACUUGUACGUUCUCAAUUUAAAAAUAAGAGAUGGAAUAGUUGGUAUGGUUUUCGCUGUAGUGUCAAUGAAACUGUAGUUCGACAAACAGCAGAUGCUCUCAUAGCUACAGGUCUUGCUGCAGCUGGAUAUCAAUAUGUGAAUUUGGAUGGUUGUUGGCAAGGAAGCCGAGACGCCGAAGGAAUUAUUCACUCUGAUCCAGAAACUUUUCCAACUGGUAUUCCAGCUCUUGUUGAUUAUGUUCAUUCAAGAAAACUCAAGUUUGGUAUCUAUUCAGAUAGAGGAAAUAUGACUUGUGAUGGUAGACCUGGUUCACUGGGUUAUGAAACAAUAGAUGCUAAUACGUAUGCUCUUUGGGGUGUAGACUAUCUAAAACUUGAUAGUUGUUUUACCAAUGGAACUCCUCCUGCAGUAGAAUAUGCAAUUAUGCGUGAUGCAUUAAAUGCUACCGGAAGACCUAUUUUCUAUUCUUUAUGUGGUGGUGUUACAAAAUAUGAUCUUUGGUUACCUGAUGUUGGAAAUAGUUGGCGAACAGCAGACGACAGUCAAGAUAAUUGGCCUGCAAUUAUGGCUAAUAUUGACCAGAAUAAUGAUUUUGCUCAACAAGCAGGACCAGGUGGUUGGAGUGAUCCAGAUAUGCUUCAAAUUGGUAAUGGUGGUAUGAGUGAUAUUGAAUAUAGGACACAUUUUUCUCUUUGGUCUUUAACUAAAGCACCUCUAAUUAUUGGAUGUGAUAUUCGAAAUCUAAGCGCAACAAGUCUAUCAAUUUUGUCUAAUUCAGAAGUUAUUGCUGUUAAUCAAGAUCCAUUAGGUAUUCAAGGGAAAAAAGUAGCUUUUGCAGCAUCACAAUCAUUAAAUGCUUCAAGUGAAGUUAUUGUUGCUAACUGUUCAUUAUCAAGCAUUGAUCCAAAACGUCGUCAAUGGGUAUAUAAUUCUCAAGAUAGUAGCUUUCGAUCAGUAUUUAAUGGACGAUGUUUAUCAAUUGCUCAAUGUAGUACAAGAAGAGAAACAUAUGCUGUAUUGAAUGAUUGUCAAAUUGGUGAUCCACAAGCACAAUGUCAAGGUAAAAAUCAACAAUGGACAGUUAAUCCAUCGAAUCAGACUAUUGUUUCACAAAUGACUGGUUAUUGUAUGGAAGUACAUAAUUCGUAUGGUCCAAAUGUGUAUGCACUUUUAUAUAAUGGUCGACAAAAUCAAAAAUGGAUAUGGAAUUCAACAGAUGGAACAAUAAAAAGUGAAUCGAGUAAUCAAUGUUUAACAGUUCCAUUAGAACUUGAAAUAUGGGCUGGUCCACUUUCAGACGGUUCACAAGCUGUAGUUUUAUUCAAUCGAGGUGAUAGUAACAAUGAACGUAUUACUGUUAAAUGGAGUGAUAUUGGUUUUCCUGUUAAUAAUUCAGCAACUGUUCGAGAUUUAUGGACGCAUCAAAAUCUUGGAAUAUUUACAGGCAAUUAUACAUCACCAGAUAUAGUUUCUCAUGGAGCUAUGAUGCUAAAUAUUAUUCCAACGAAAUAG